GCCACGAGCUGCUUCAUGUGUGAGAGCCAGAAUCUGGUUACAGAAGAUGUGACGGUGGUGGAGGGGGACGUCGCCACCAUCAGCUGCCGCGUCAAGAACAGCGACGACUCGGUGAUUCAGCUCCUGAAUCCCAACAGGCAAACCAUCUAUUUCCGAGAUUUCAGACCGCUGAAGGACAGCAGAUUCCAGCUGGUGAACUUCUCCAACAGCGAGCUCCGGGUGUCCCUGACAAACGUCUCCAUUUCUGAUGAAGGAAGGUACUUCUGCCAGCUCUACACUGAUCCCCCCCAGGAAAUCUACACCACGAUCACAGUGCUUGUCCCGCCGCGCAAUCUGGUAAUCGAUAUCCAGAAAGAAAUCGCCGUUGAGGGAGAAGAGAUUGAGCUGAACUGCACUGCCAUGGCCAGCAGACCAGCCACCACCAUCAGAUGGUUCAAAGGAAACAAGGAGCUCACCGGCAAGUCAGAGGUGGAGCAGUGGUCCGACAUGUACACGGUGACCAGCCAGCUGCUGCUGAAGGUGGGACGGGAGGACGACGGGGUCCCUGUCAUCUGCCUGGUGGACCACCCUGCUGUCAAGGACCUCCAGACGCAGCGCUACCUGGAAGUCAUGUAUAAGCCUCAAGUGCGGGUCUCGCAGAAUUACCCGGUGCAAGGCCUCACGAGAGAAGGGGAGCCGCUCGAACUGACCUGCGCAGCCUUUGGAAAACCACAGCCUACGGACAUGAGGUGGUUAAGAGUAGAUGAUGAGAUGCCUCAACACGUUGUAGUGUCUGGUUCAAACCUUCUCAUUAGUAACCUAAACAAAACAGAUAAUGGUACAUACCGCUGUGAGGCUUCCAACGCGGUGGGGAAAUCACAUGCGGAUUACAUGCUGUUUGUAUACGAUCCCCCCACAACUAUCCCUCCUCCCACAACAACCACCACCACUACCACCACCAUCCCUACCACCAUCACAGACACAACGGCGACGACAGAACCGGCAGUUCACGGCUUUACUCACUUGCCCAAUUCGGCAGAGGAGCUGGACUAUGGGGAUCUCUCAGAUUCUCGUGCAGGUGAGGAAGGGGCAAUACGGAGCGUGGACCACGCGGUGGUCGGCGGUGUCGUGGCCGUGGUCGUGUUUGCAAUGCUUUGCCUGCUCAUCAUUUUAGGGCGAUAUUUUGCCAGACAUAAAGGUACAUACUUCACUCACGAAGCCAAAGGAGCAGAUGAUGCGGCCGACGCAGACACAGCCAUCAUCAAUGCAGAAGGAGGACAAAACAACUCUGAAGAGAAGAAAGAGUACUUCAUCUAGAGCAGCCUUGGUUUGUUGAGGUGUCCAACCGUGGACGGUUACUACUGGCCCUAUUUAAACGCUCAAGAGACAGUGAUAUUGGAAGUUGCAACCAGCUUGUGUCUUUUUUUUUAAAGAAAAAAAAAGCCAAUGGGUGGAGAGUCGGAGGCUGGGAGGGUCCGGGAUUGGCUGUGUAAAAAUAUUCCUCGCAAAGUACACUCUGCUGUUCGACACCUCAUUUUGUUUGGGUUUUCUUUUUUUGGCCAAGUCCAGCUUGGAUUUAGUUUAGUGAAGUCAUUUGCAGAAGAUUCUGUGCCUUGUUUAAUUUCUGUUUGUUCGGGUCGGGGGGAGGCUGGGAAGAAGAGGGGCUUCUGUGCGUUAGUUCCCUUCGGGUUUCUGUGGCUCUUCGUUUCCCCUUUCCUCUUGGGUUCUGGCAGUUGACUGCCGGGACCCCUUGGAGUAGGUGCGUUUCCUUGAAGGUGUUUCUUUUUCUCGUCACCGGUUUCCGUUCAGAACUCGAGCUCAUUGGAGGAGAACCAGCACAUUUUAGACUUCGUAGUUUGCAGUUAAGUGUGCCCAUGUCCCAUUCCCUCUAUCGUCCUAAAGGCUCGGAUAAAGACCGGCGAGAACCCGCUCGUGGCUGCCUGCAUUUCAGGUGCUUUCGAUGGUGGCAACUAGGAAAUCGGCUGGAGCUCGGCAAAGGCACCCUUCGGCCCUGGGGUAUCCUCCGGGAGGGAUGCGGGACGUCUGCUCCGGCCCCGUGCCUUGCGGAUGCUCUGUCCUGCUCUCGGGGCUGGGCCCCCCUCUCCCGCUUUGCCAGAGCCGGCACAGCCCAGCCCUUGUCGUCCUCCCCCCAUUGCAGCCGCGGGGCAUGGUGAGUGCAGUGGCCUCGUGUCCUGCCCGCGGGGCACAAUGGGAGCGCUGACUGACUUACAAAGCCAUAGGUGAAACAGAGACUCGAGGUCCGGUAGAACCGUAAGCGAGAGGCAGCAGAGUGCCAGGACAAGGCGGUGUUAAAGUCUAUAUGCUGAAUCUUUUGUUUCUUGUGAGUAAUCUUGGAUUUGGAGCGAUUCUUUUCUUUUUUUUACUGUGUUUCUGUGGAAAAUGUAUGCUGGUUUAUUUAAGGGAAGCAUUAAUCUUAGAGUCAGGUUUGGGUUUUUUAAGGGGUUUGGGGGAGCAUUUUCGUGCGUUUGGUUUUUUUUUUUUUUUAGCUGUUGUUCUUGGCAGCCCCGCGACAACGCGGGCUUCCUUCGGGAUUGGGACGGCCCGAUGGCAGAGAGCGGGCCCGUGCUCCGGCAGCGUUCCGCCUUUUCCCUCCGCGCGAGAAGGACCUCGCGGGAAUACCCCUUGUUCCGAGCAGAUUUUGCCGAGCUCCUCUCCGAGCCUCCCGCGCCGUGGCUGGGAGCAGGCAGCAGCGGGGGCUCGGGGGCUCUCCCGCCGCCGGGACGGGCACCCUGGCUUUGAGCAGCCCAUCUUUGUUUGGAGUGUACCGUAGUGCAGUGUUACCGAUGUAACUUUGACUUACGCUGUUGACAUGUCUCAGGUUCAUGUGUUUUGAUUGGUGUUUUCCGUCUCAGGUAGAUUGCAAAAUUUCGGCCCCACGCAUUGGAAACAAACCCUAGAAACAGGAUAAGAACCAAGAAAUUGCGACUUUGAGUUGUAUAUUGGGUUAUGUAUUUUUUCUUCAGUAUACAGUGCACUGUUUGAAAUGUAUUGUUGAGUAUUACUUUGUACAGCUUUAGAUCAUUAGGAUUUUGAAGCGUGAAGAAAGAACAACCUUGUUUAAGGGAUAUUACAAAUGAAGGACGCGGAACUGAUGAUAAACAACCUUGUUCUUUAUUUACCCGGCCUUUUUGGUUUUUCCCCUUAGGCCAGUUCUGUUUUAAGGUGUCCAAGGAAGGUGUUACAAUGUAAGAAAAUACAUAUCCAUCUGUUCCCAUUCACAUUUUGUAUUGGUUCAUGUAUACCAUUUUUACAAAGGAAAAGAAGUACUAUAAAAUAUCUGUCUUCUUAAUAAAAAAAGAUUAAUGUUACAAAACUA